AUGCAAGCCACAGCUCCAAGGAGCAUGGCAAGUCCACCAUCAGGGCUUCCCCACCUGUCCCUGGCACCGUGCAGUCCACCUCGAGCCGGCACCGGAGAUCCACCGAACAAUAUCCCGCGUGAAGCCCAAAGAGCCGCUUACAACUGCACACCCGAAAUUCCCGAUUCAUACAUCCCAAUUGGAGUCUUAUGGAAAACAACAGCAGAGAAUGAAUACCCCGUGUCAGAGUUAGCUCUGCUACAAGCACAUGACUGGAUCCAGACCAAGCCCCGAAAUGAAAAUACACAGAUCUUCAUCUUACCAGACGACGCCAAACGCGGGACGAUCUCGCGCUCGAGCAAUAAACUUAGAGCCGCACUGAAAAUAAUUAUGUCCAAAAUUGAUACCACCCGGUCAGCAUGGAAUGGCGUUUCCUGUUCUCCCAGCUCGGUUUCCAGUCCAUCUGAUAGCGCCGAGGAUGAGUCGCUCUGGUAUAUCUUCAAUACCCUGCAGAAUCCAAACCCGCAGGUGAGCAUCAUGCGAGAUCCGCAUGCGCGCCAGGCUAUGGAGGAUCUGUUGGAUGGUGAAGAUGCCCUUUUGGGUCUUAAGACUGCGCUUUAUCCUUAUCAGCGCAGGUCGGCUGCUGCGAUGGUCCAGCGUGAGGCGCAGCCUGCGAUGGUCCUUGAUCCGAGAUUGCAGGCCUGGAAAUGUCCUGACGGUUCAGAUUUCUACUACGAUAAGGAGGAUGGGAGUAUUGUCAAGGAGAAGCGGAUGUAUUCAGAGGCUUGUGGGGGAAUACUUGCAGAAACAAUGGGCUGCGGCAAGACUCUGAUCAGUCUUGCCGUUAUAUUGGCUACUCGUGGCCACUUCCCUCAAAUUCCCAUCAAGUACCAAGCGACCGACAUUCAGCCGACAAGGAAGGAGACUGGGUCUCUGAUGGAAAUGGCGGCUGCAACUGCUGGCCGGUUAUCCGUACCCUGGAAACCGUUUUUUGAGAGUCUUGCUUCUCAGGGGGAACACUAUGACCGAUGCAUCAAGGCUUGCAAAGAUCACUGUGGCUCCUACGAGAUCCCACCUCAUCAGACUCGCUAUCAAGGCCGCAACAGUUCCUCUUAUCCCCGACCACCAGCGCAGCGCAUUUUUCUUUGCUCCGGUACUAUCAUUGUCGUUCCACCUAACUUGGUUGAUCACUGGGAGCGUGAAAUUGCCACUCAUACCGUCGGCCUGAAAGUGCUGAUUCUACGAACACCAUCAGAUCUGACACCUUCGGUCGAGGAACUUCAGAACCUUGAUAUUAUUCUCUUUUCCAAAUCCCGCUUCGAAAGGGAAGUGGGAGAGCCAGUUCACAAACGUCGCAUGAUCAUGCAGCCCGCCCAAACCGAAUCAACCCUUCUUAAGCUCCACUGGUUGCGAGUCAUCGUCGAUGAGGGACACAAUGUUGCCGGCCAUGGGUCAAAUAUGGUCCAUAUGCUCAAACAGCUCCACUUUGAACGCCGCUGGAUUAUCUCUGGAACGCCUUCCACCGGGCUCUAUGGAGUAGAAGUGAGCCUUGCCUCACAGGAAGCGAACACAAGUGAUACAGAAUCGCCCGAGGAGAUCACAGCUGCAGUGUUAAAAAGUCGCAAGAAGACAGGGAAUGCGGCCGAUAAUGAGCUGAAAGAUUUGGACAGGAUGCGUCGCAUCGUUAUCGAGUUUCUUGAUCUCAAACCCUGGUCUAAUUCACGUGCCGAUGAUCCUGCAGAUUGGACAACGUACAUCAAACCCAUGGGGGCAGAUGGACAACGCCGCAAGUCGCCAUCUCUGCGUGCGACUUUGCAAAGCUUAGUCGUGCGGCAUCAGCUUCACAAAGUGGAUCGGGAGAUCACUCUCCCCAAACUCUACAACAAGGUAGUCUAUUUGGAACCAACAUUCCACGAUAAACUUUCCAUCAACUUGUUCCUGUUCGGUCUUGCAGUCAACGCGAUCACUUCUGAGAGACAAGGGCCGGACUACAUGUUUGGCAAGGAGAAUCGCAAGCAUCUUAAUCAAGUGAUUAGCAAUUUGCGCCAGGCUGGCUUCUGGUGGGCUGGCUCUAGCGAUGUUCAGGAUACAGCCAAGCAUGCCCUCGGCUACUUAGAGAAGAACUAUGACAAGAUGACACCAGCGGAUAUCAACCAAUUGACCCAAGGACUUGUCAUCGCAGAAAAAGCAAUCAAUUCCCCCAACUGGCAUGGGUUCAAGAAAUACCACGAGCUCGGUGUCUUCGUGCAAGAUUUCCCAGAGCACGCUCGCAGUCUUUGGGCUCUUGACUCAGCAAGUGCAGACCAUGAACCACUUCUCCUCGGCAUCACUCAAGCCCGCCAUGCCCAGCAAUACGUCACCAAGCACCUCCGCUUCCGGGACCCUGCCGAAGGUCUGCCAGGUGCUGGUAUCAAAGUCCGCCGAGAACUUAUCGAGCGUGACGAGAAAGCCGCACCCAGAGGGGCCCCAGAGGGAGCCAAACCAGCCCCGGGCCAGCUAGUCCACAGCGCGAAACCUCCAAGCAACAAAUCGCCCAAGAAGACAUUCACGCAGAACAAAUUCCACUCUUUACCCGAGACGUCCCCUCUGAAGAAAACCAAAUUGGUCGGGGUAUCCUCCGCAAAACUCCGCUACCUCCUCGACGAAGUACACAAAGUGCACAAAACCGAGAAAACAAUCAUCUUCUACGACAACCCGAACACAGCAUUCUGGAUCGCCGAAGGUCUAGAGCUAACAGCGAUAGACUACCGCAUCUACGCCUCUACGUUGAAACCGGAAUUGCGAACGAGCUACCUCAAGCUCUUCCGGGAAUCCGAAGAGGUCCGCGUCCUCCUUAUGGACCUCCGCCAAGCCUCCCACGGCUUACAUAUUGCCCAAGCAUCCCGCGUAUUCAUCGUCAACCCAAUCUGGCAACCGAAUGUGGAAAGUCAGGCGAUUAAGCGUGCCCACCGCAUCGGGCAGACUCGGCCUGUCUAUGUGGAGACCCUUGUGCUACGGAACACGCUCGAAGAUCGCAUGUUGCGACGCCGGAAAGAGAUGUCCGAGGCGGAGAUGCAGAACGCCGAGAAGAGUCUCUUGGAUGAUUUGGCAAUGGCUGAUAUUAUUCAGCAUGAGCCGUUCUUGGAAAUGGGAGAGGAGGGGCUCGACGCUAUUGCACCACUUCAAUGUCAGACUGGUUUCUUUGAUGCGCAUCGCUUGCCUAUUCCUGAUGAUGAGGGGGUUGCAAUGCGUAGUCCGUCUAAACGGAGGCAUUUGGAGGGUCUGGAGGAUAUCGGAGCUGAUUCUGACGUGGAUGUUGGGGCGAGGGGAGUUGUUCGGCCGGUUGGGCCUUCUGUGCCUAAAAGGCCUCGCAUUGGGUUUGCGGAGGGUGUGCAUGCUCGUGGUGUUGGUGCUGAUGCUCGAGCAGAUGCGGGGGGAGAUGUGCCGCCAGGUGAGCUUCCUGUGCCUAGUCGGCCUCGUAUUGGGUUUGUAGUGGAUGUACAGGUUCUCGGUGAUGCUGUUGAGCGAUCGCCUACUCGUUCUCCAAAGAUUGAGAGUGGAGAUGAUGCUGGUGGUAGACGUGUUUCCCCGUUCGGGCCAUGA